AUGGAUGCAAUCAUCAACAGAGAUGAGGAAGAGGAUAGGGCCAAAAACGGAGCCCUGAGGUACUCCGCUCGUAACCGUCAAAUCUGCCGAUUGCUGGCCACCAUGACGGGCAGUCUGAGACCGACUAAUCAAAAACUUUUCAAUCCACUUCAAAUGCUUGCCCCUUAUCCCAAUGCGGCGGAGCUUUUGUAGAAGACGUUGGUGUGGUACGUUGUCGAAGGCCUUCCUGAAGUCUAGGUAGGCUACAUGCACCACGUUUUCUUCAUCAGUCGCUCGGGUCCACUGUUCAAGACAGUAGAGUAGAUUGGUCAACCAGGACCUCCGUCUGCGGAAACCAUGCUGUGCAUCGCACAGAAGAUGAUUUUGAUCUAAAAACCGCAUCAGUUCGCGUCUGAUAAUUCGCUUCAUCACUUUGCAGAAUAUGGAGGUGAGGCUUACCGGUCGGCAGUUGUUUGCGGAAGCGCGACUGCCACUAUCAUGUAUCGGUAAAGCCCACGCAUUCUUCCACACAGGAGGCAAUCUGAUUGCAUCAAGAGGGACUUGGAAGAGGAGACACAGAGGUUCUGCCAGUUCUAUGGCUAAUUCCUUUAACAACUUUGCCGAUAUUUCGUCAGGACCAGGCGAUGUCGCUUCUUUUAGCGUCAGUAAUUCUUGUUGAACUAUAAAUUUCUGAGGAACACUGAGUCAGUUUUCGAGACAUCGAUCACAUUAUAGUGAUCAGCGUGUACAUCGACUUCGCUCGUAAAAACCGACUUAAAGAAUCUGGAGAGAUGCUCAGCCUUUUCGUCGUCCGUGUAAAGUUUAACGCCAUCCUCCCCAUUUAAACAUAGGUAUCGGAUCCCUGUUGCAAGUACUUUGUCUUUAGUAGUGGAAGAAAAGCUUUGGGUUUUCCCCUACACAGUUUAAAAGGUUACCCUCGAAGUGUUGGCGGGCUUUGUAAACAAGGCACUUUACCCUAUUCCGCUACGAGGCUGUCACCAACCAGCUAUGGUAUCGAGAUGCUGUCGUCAAGCAUAGCGCAGAGUGGAAUGGAUAUUUAUAGCUAAUGUCCCAAUCAGUAGGCUUGGUCCUAGCGGGGUCCAUUGGUCAUAGAGUUUUUCAGGCCAAAGCCAAAACAGGUAAACAUUGGGUACACGUCUCCACCGCCGCCGUCACGUGACAAUGACACUGCUGACGUACCCUGAUUACAGAACAAAAUGUGGUCGACCCCACUUUCCCAUAAAAAAGGAUAACCAACUAUUAAUGAGUGUUAGAAAGACAAUGGCGGAAAAAAUAGUACCCUCUGAGUAAAUUGAUCGUAGUAGUUACACCUUCAAUGACCACAUUCGACAGGAGAACUGGGUACUGAAGCCAAGUAUUUCGAACAUUCAGACAUCCGUGUCAACUGGAUAAUAGGUCUGUCUUCCAAAAUAACCCAGCGCUGGAGGGUACGAGUAUUAGGACAGUUUUGGCGAAGUCCCACAGCGUACCAACGGUUCACAAGCUAAGCACCUUCUUUGGGACACUUGCUUGACUUUGUGGCAUCUCGCAUACGAUCUUUGCAAUUGGACGUAUGAAUAGUUCGGGUUAUUCAGCUAAGUUUACCUAACAACGAUCAACUCCAUCGACAAAUUCCGAAGCAGCUUAUGCAUGCUUUAAAUCAGUCAGAUAGGAAUUUAUCGUUACGUGAUGCCACGCUGCUUUGAAAAGCUUACAGUCUUGACGAUGGCAAUUGUGCCCACCUCUGAAUUGGCCUACGUCUGAAUCUUAUAUUGGCAUAUUUAAAACUUCUGAAAAAGAUAGAGGGUUCAACGGAGCAGAUUUUGUGAGAGCCUUGUUGGCUCACUACGGUAAAAGCUCUAACUGAAAAAAUCGAACAAAUUUCAGAUGGCUUACUGUGUUAGUCGGCGCUCAGUGGAUCCACUCUUCCACUUUUUUGCUGUCUCCGUUCUUUGUCGGGUGUUUUGUGGUUUGACGGCUGCUUCUGUCCUUCCCUCGACGGAGGGUGGUUGAGCCUAUGUGAGGUUUGUCCUGCCUGGCGAAAUUCCCUAGGAUAAACCACGUCAAUAGGUAAAGGUAACAAUCGGGAGGUGGCACCCAAAAAAUCCGCCUAACCAAAGCAGCCUGUCUUACGGGACAGGUGUUAAUAGGGGUUUAAUGGGUGGUGGCUGGUCGGGAUGUACGAUAGUAGCCGACAAAAAGCCUUAUUUGAACAGGUGAAUGAUCGGAGUUGGCCCGCUCUCCGUUCCGUUAUUACAAAGGGGGUCGUCAAAGGCAGUAUAAUGGUAAGUGACGAGUGGAAGGCGUAUAAUCGUCUUACCUCAGAAGGUUAUCUACAUUUCUCUGUUAACCACUCAAAGAACUUCUAGGACCCUACCACCGGACGGCACACCGAUGCCACUGAGGCAUACUGGAGUAGACUAAAAAGGAAACUCCACGAGGGAGGCCCUGUAUGUGGUCGAGCUGUGUGGGCUCACAUAGACGAAGUACAGUAUCGUCUUUGGUUUGGCCUCAACGCCAUGUCUUUGACAGAUGCCUGGGAACUGUUCCUGCCCCAUGCUGUGCAGACUUAUCCUAUUUAAAAGUGUUUUUGUUUUGUAAUAAACUGCCAUAAUGCGAAUGUAUGCCGUAUAUUCAGGUGUACGUGUGUUACGAUGGGAAAGGUUGGGUAACAGCGACCAUCGUCCAUGUAACCUCCUGCGAUGUUCGUUCGGCCAGCCCAUAUUAGGCCGUCGCGGAAAGACCAGGUACUGCGUGAGAGUAGGCCUGCAACCGCUGAUAUAGCCUGAAUGCUUUUGAGUCCACUUUUGAAGGUAUUAUUUCUAAGUAACGGAUUUUUGGGUGCCAUCUCCCGAUUGUUACCAUAGGCAUAUGAUCUCUAGAGUUACUUACCAGAUAAGGGUUCCUGACUCCUGUUCUGGAGGCGAACCGUCAUAAAGCUGGGCGAGAUCAAGCGCUGCAAGAUACAACUUAAGUAGUCGUUUGCUGGCAUGAGUCUCACAAUCUACGUGGAGAUGAGUGACAAUUGAAUACCCUCGACUGUCGAAAAUUUGAUGAUUAAAUGAUAAAAAAGGCGGGUCAAGAAGCUGGCUUGCAUGAUGCAACUGUUAAGAGCUCGUAACAUAAACCGGUUGAGCACCAAAAGGAAGAUUUUGUUAAGGGCAUGAAGAGAGUCAAAAACCCACAAAAAAUAUCCAGCUGCAAACAAAACUUAGUUAAGCCCUCUUUGGGCACUGUUAAAAACCAUGGUAGAGGGAGGCUCACCGAUUGCACUGCGGAACUCAUUCGUCCCUUUAUGCCUUGGGGCCCUCCAUCGAGUCGCAUCGGCGCGUACUGUAGGCAGAACAGCAUUAUCAACGAAGACUAGGGAUGGCUCUUUCAGGCACUUUAGCUGUCGUCAGCUAGCCCUGCACAACCGCCAGUUGUUUGACACCUGGGGCUCGAUCUCGUGACCCGUUCGUUUGAAUUCCAACACCCUAGCCACUGAGCCGCGAGUUCCUUGUUCUGGCAAUUGUGAUUGGGCAAAUAUAGCGGCAAAGGGGACCUCACCGAUCCAAUUAGGCAACUCACUCUCUCUCUUGAACCCCACCAGCCGCUGUAUGGCGGCGUGUAAUAAGGACAGAAUGGCAUUGCCAACAAUGACAAGGGAGGCCGGAAUGACCGUUUCUGGCUAAUUAGCCGUUGUCAGUCAAAAGUGGCUAUUCCAGUCUCCCUUGUUUUCGUCAGUAAUGCUGUUCUGCCAAUACAUUGUCAUGUUUACUUGUUAACAGUAGGCAAUGAUUCAAAGGGCGUAUAAAAGCACAGAAUGCAAUUAAGACUUUUGAUGACACAGACCUGCGCAGGACAUGCUUCAUUGUCUGUUCCCCCACACACUUCCGGUCAUUCGAGUUUCGAGUCGUCCGAAAACCAGACUGAAUAAUCAGUCAUCCGGUGCUGUGCUGAAUGGCAAAAUUGCCGAGCCAGAGGAAACUAGCAUUCGUCUAAUCACAACAGCGCAAUUGUCCUGAGGCAUGCAGACAAAAUCUUUAGGCGAGAAUGCCUGACCAUUGACUGGCAGUUUGAAAAUCGAAUCCACAUUAACUUGCAUCAACUCCUGUCGUUCAAAGCGGCCAUUUCUUCGGAUUUCGUGCUGCUGAGCCCGCGAAAACUGCACCGUCUGAAAAGGGGGGGGGGAAAUUUAGAAAAUGGUCCAAUUAAUGAAAGGGGAUCAGACGCCGCAAACGUUUACUAAUGUAAGACAAACUGUUUGGGCUCGAUCAUUAAGUGGAAAGUAGAUUUCUCGGCGAAUUAUCAGUUUUUAUUUUGAAAAAUAUUCGAACCUUCAGAUGAAAAAAAUGAGAAACGGUCUUUCACAGUCUCUAUAUUGCUCUACAUCCAGAAAAAUAUCAAGACAUGACAGAUAUGCAGACACACUGGAAAACCAAAUGAUUGCGUUGUAUCCGUUUGGUCAGAAUAUCGAAGAAUUCAAGCUUGUAUUAUAAGUAGAUCAGGUAGAAUAGGUGGACUAACUGAAGGAAUGUCAUUGAAAAUUCCGAAAUGCGUUUUCGUUUCAAAAAGAUUAAUUAAGUAGGGUUGUAAAACUGGUCAACCUGUAAAAUAAUUCUGUAAUAUUUCAGUUACCUCAGGGUGUGGGCUCUCGAAUGAACUUUCUUCCGGCUGCAUGCACAAAAGCACACUGCAAAAAAUGGCUACUUAAGAAGCAUGCAUUUUUGCCACUCAUUUUCGAUGCCCCUAAAUGUCCAAUUAUAUUUAAUGGAAAACAUGCACAAAAAUAUUCACUCUUUUGUUCAUUUGGUAGAUAAUUACGUCUUCGUCUAAUGUUAUACUUGGGGCAGUGAUAUAAUUCGGUUUUAAAAAGGUUUGCCAUUCCCGAAUAAUUUUGAAUACGCUCUACCGUCAUACUUGGAUUCCGGGUUACCGAACUACAAGCCGUAUAUUUUCCGUGCACAGAAAACCACACCUUUCUGUACGGUAAUAAAGGGAGACCACAUACGGUUUAUAAAAUUAAACAGUGAAUUUGAUCCAUAUUGUCAACUUUACAAGCCACAUUGAUAAAUGCAGAGACAUGACGCUUUAUGAACGUCCAUUUCAUGGUAUUAAAAAACCGCACAAUUAGAAACUUUUUUAAAACCGAAUUAUACCGUUCUUUCGAAUAUAAAUUGGGAAAGGAAGCCAUUUUCUACCAAAUGUGCAAAAGAAUGAAUAUUUUUAUGCAUGUUAUCCAUGAAAUAUAAUUAACCACUUAGCGGCAUCAAAAAUCAAUGAGAAAAAUGCAUGCUGCUUGAGUAGGCAUUUUUGCAGAGUGUUGCUUUUGCAUGCAGCCGGAAGGAAGUUCGUUCUAACGCCGACAUCCUAACGUAACUGAAAUAUCAUAUAAUUUUGUUGCAGGUUGACAAGUUUUACAGCCCUACUUAAUUAAUCUUUUCGAAACGAAAGCGCAUUCCGGCAUUUUGGGGGACAUUUCAUGAGUAAGUCCAUCCACUGUAAUAUCGAUCCCAACCGAGGGAACUGUCUUCACAUCUGUCGACAUGGUCGCAAAUACUUAUUGCCAACGCUCACCAUUGCAAUGUCUGGUGUCCUUAUUCAAGACCCUCCGCCCCAAGGUCACUCGCCACUGCAGUGAGCUCUGACCUGCAGCCUCUCGACCAACUUCAGCUCGGAUGCACUUGCGCCCACAUAGUCGGGUUGCUAAUGGUAGGGCGUAGAUUCCCACGCAGCUGGCAGCUCCAACUUUUACACUAAAAUUCCGUGUGAUUGUAAACCUCACAUAUUUUUCACCAUUCCUAUUGGUUGAAAUUUUGCUUGGCUUCCUGAUUAAAUAUAGACUUGCCAGUGGCGGUCCACGUAAAAUCAUUUAUUCUUAAAAUGGUUUUUACCCAUUUUUUAGAUUAUUGCCCUCACUUUCCUUGGCAUAUGAUAGCAUAAGAACGCAACUCUCGGCAUUACCAUGGACAACCAAAUUGCAAGGAACAGUUAGCGACUACUGGAGGACGUUCAGCUCACUGGUCAAGGUAAUCGUUGAUCGAAACUGUCCACUCAAACGAAAGGAAACAACAUAUCGUCCGCCGUGGAUAAAUCGGGAACUGUAAAAUGCGUUUAAAUGGAGAAAUAAAGUGUGGGAACGUUAUCGACAAACACAGAGCCCUGAACACCUGAAGGAAUAUAAGUGACAGCGCAAUGUGUGUAAACGCGAGGCUAAUAGACUACUAAGGAACUAUGAGCUACGCAAAUUGCAAAAGUUUUUGGAACAUCCUAAAAUCCUCCAUAGGUACAUGCGUAAGUGUAAGAGCAAUCGAGACCCGAUUUCAGCGCCGAGAUCCGAAAACGGAGGAAUCGAGACAGAGGAUCACCUGAAAGCAUCAGCCUUCGACAGUUUCUUUUAGUCGGUGUUCACUUAUGGCACAAAUCCUCCUCCUACGCCUUACCCAGAUAAACGACCACAUCCCUUCUCUCCUGCAUUGGAGGACAAUCUUUACUUCUCUCCGACGUUGAUAAGGACCGAACUACGCCAGCUAAAGCCUGUUAAAUCACCUGGUCCAGAUAGAAUUCAUCCCCCUUGAGAAUUAGCUGACGUACUGUGUGAGCCAGUGACAAUGAUAUUUUAGAAGCCCACGGAAGAGGGCGAACUGCCGGAGGAAUGGAAAACGAACCAUAUUCCUUAAUCUAUAAAGGAAGAUCCCAGCUGGAGCCCGAAAAUUACCGUCCUAGUAGUUUAACCUGCAUUUUGCGCAAGGUCAUGGAACGACUUAUUAAAGAACAUUUAAUAUCGUAUCUGGAGCAGAGAGACCUAUUGUGUGCUGCUCAGCUAGGAUUUCGUCGUGAUCACUCAUGUCUUACAGGCAGUCUUUACUAGCAGGAAAAAUGGACAAAAGCCAUAGACCAGGGCCACGCGGUGGAUGUCAUCUUCUUUGAUUUUAAGAAGGCCUUUGAGAGCGUUUCACAUGGACGACUCCUACAGAAGAUUUGGAGGUGUGAAAUACAGGGCAAAACUUUGGAGUAAGUUAAAAGUUCCCUGUCAUGCCGACUUCAAAGAGCAAUCGUUGGUACCACUGCAUACGAAUUGAUGCCAGUAAAAAGCGGCGUUCCGAAGGCUUCUAAUUUGGGUCCCCUCCUCGACCGUCCUGCAGACCUUGAAUGCGAUGGCAUCAUGUUUGCAGAUGAUAUAAAGGUCUGGAAAACAAUCAGCUGUGUUGACGACUCACAUAAAUUAUAGGAAAAUUUUGAUAAGAUGGCUUCAUGGUCCAGCAAGGGCUUCUGCGUUGAAUGUACCCAAAUAUGUCGUCUUGCGCCCAUAAUCUGGUCGGAGGCGCUUCUCAAAACACCAGUGUACCAUAAAUGGGGUUCACUAAAAGAAAUGGACACGCACAAAGACUUAGAUGUCUGGACAAGUUCAAACUUGCUGCUCUCCGAGUACUGCAAGAGAGUCGUCCAAAAAGCAACCAGCAUCAUGCACAGGAUUAGGCGUGCCUUCACAAUCUUGCCUCCCGAACUCUUCUUACAGAUAUACGGUACGUUUGUCAGAUCUCAUUUGAAAACGGAAUGCCAACAUGGACGCCAUAGAACAGGUGAAACAACGGGUCACAAAACUGGUGGAUGGUCUCAGGACACUUUCAUACCCAGAAAGACUGAUCCAGUUAAACCUGUUCCCUCUAUCCUGCAGAUCAAUGAGGUGUGACCUGUUGGGGAGAUUCAGCAUUAUCCACAGGCAUGCAUGUUCGUUCAAAUCUGAAGACUUCUUUGACUUCACGACCAUGAGUCACAUGCGCGGCCAUCCGUACAAAGUUAAGCGGAAGCGUAAAUGCCUGGACCACCGUAAGUUUUUUCCUCAGUCAGAGUGUUGUUCGACCGUGGACUUCACUCCCAAGUGAAAUGGUGAUAUCUGAAACAAUGACUGUAUUAAAAAGGCAGCUGGAUCGUUUGAUCUUUGAUAAACGACGACUCUCAUUAGCAAUAAAUUUUAUUUCCUGAUUUAAUCACUGUGUAACACAUCCCUGACGUUUCAUGAAAUUUCCUCUCGCAACUUACGCAACUGACUGCAUUUUGUGUCGAUCGUAAUUAACUGCACUUACAAUUUCACAUGUACAUAGAAGAGUCCGCCUGUCGCACCCUUCACAGUCCAGCAUUGCAAAAACGUUUUCCGUAAACAAAUAUGUUACUGGCAACAUUUUAGUAAAGUGUGCAUUUAACAUCUACACUGUACGCACCGUUUUCAAUGGGACGUUGUCUACUUGCUGCAACAAUUUUUUAUUUUCGAUGUCUUCUUGCAUUCCUCCAGCUUUUCGUACUGGUUUUUGCCUCACCCGUUAAACCCUAUCUACCAGCAUUCGAUGUAUGACAAGUUACUUGGGGUCCCUACACCCUACCUCUACCGUCGCGUAAGUCAAUACGUUGCAAAAUUCGCCACCCCAGAGCUAAUGCAACACAUUUGAUGCAACGGGACAACAUAAACCUACAAAAGCGGCUGCCACCACCUGUCUCAGUCAUCGUAGGCAUGACUGGACGCAGUCGACAUUAGCACUGGCUGCACUAAUGGCCACUGUUGCCUUAGACAGCAAACCAUGCUCUGUUGUCUUCGUCUUUACCAGCUAAUUCGUGCCUUAGCCUGAUGAUUUCAACGCAAUGGCCACUCUUGCUGUAUAAAUACUACAUUGUUAGUCAUUCUGUUAGUAUGGAUUAAUUGACACUGCAACCCCUCCCCCUUAUUCUUGGCUCUAUUUCUGCCUUUCCUCGUGAUUAUUGCCCGUUAUCACCCCCUAAAGAUCGAUUACACUUUUGUCGACCGGUUGCUUUCUGGCGCGCGCUCUUCCCGACGCCAUCUCGUGCAGUCCCCCGUCUGAGCCAAAUGGGCAUUUUGACCGGUUGGCACUGUCUACGACGGUAUCCUUUGAUCCUCCGAGCUCCGCCUCACACGCUGACUGAUAAACACUUCAUUUCCGGCGCUCAGUCUAUACGCGCGUUAAUCGCCUCCCUCCCCCGGCCUUCAAGACAGCUCCAGCAGCCAUCCGCGAGAUGACAUGACUUACUGGAGAUCCCUCGCUGACUUACGACUGGUGCCGGCGUAGAGGCACUGCCGCCUAGCGUUCAAACCUCCCCCACCCUCAACCGAGCUGCAAGCCAAAGCAAUUAGGCAAAAUAAACUGAACAUUUUUCUGUCGAGGGACCUGCCAAACCCCUCCCUGCCGCGCCGCACCGGAUGUCUGGCAAAUGAGAGCAAGCCCCGAGGGUUUGACGUCCGGCCCAGAUUUUUUUCCGAAUAUAACACGAAUUUCUGCAGGGGGACGAUUUAUGAGCAGAUAGUUUAUGGGAGGGGGAUCAGAAGAAACAUGGGUUAUGACAACAACUUGGGUCGUGAUACCAGGAGAAUGCAUUUGCAAAAUUGAAGUAAAUGGAAGAAAAAAGAAAACUUACACUCGAAUAAGUUCCGACGAAGACAAGGACAACACAAAGGGUCAUUUCUGGCCACGGGACAAUAUAUCCCGUAAACUGGCCAGUGGUCAGCCUGUCAGCAUAUAUAAUAUCCCCAAUCCCGACAGGCAGGACAACGGGUCGGUGUCUCAACUGUAGACUGCUGGACUUAUUAUCUGGUUGAUGGCCAAAAGACGGGAGUUCGAAUCUCAGGUCCUGCAUCGCCGUGGUAAGGUAAAGCCGAAGUCCCCGCACCACUCACCACUCUCCUUAUUACUACUUCUUCCCACUGCUGUGUCUGGUUGCUACGCGACUGCCUUCAGACAUCCAAGUUUAAACCCGGGGAUUCCAGAGGGCGGGAGUGUGUCGCAACCUGUUCAGUAAAACAUAAUGCAGGCCUUUCCAGCCACCUGAGUUGAGCUGAAUACGUACUUACCAGCAUACCUAAGUGAUACUUAUAUAAAACACAUUGACCCAACUGUGAAAAACUCGGUGCCUCGGUGGGAUUCAAAUCCACUCAGUAAGAGGAGGGCUUUAGUACAGCCAUCGCUAUAACCACUUGAGCUGCGAGACCCGGACGACGCGAGUUUAAUCACAUUUGGGUCAAGUUACCCGCCCAACCUACUGCAACGUCUGGAAUCCACCAAAUCUGAUACAGUAAGUUGACUGCCCAAGCAGGAUUUCCUGUGCAAUUCAUAUAGAAUCCACCAGAUGACCACCAGGCUUAUGUAAUUCAUAGAUGUAUUGGCAGAUUUUGAAUAAUUAGAUUGACCCAACUGUGAAAAACUCGAUCCUCGUUGGGAUUCCAACCCACGCAGUAAGGAGAAUGCUUUAGUACAGCCAACAUCUAUGAAUUACGCAAGCCUGGUAGUCAUCUGGUGGAUUUCAUGUGAAAUACUCAGGAAAUCCUGCUUGGGCAAUCAACUUACUGUAUAAUAUUUGGUGGAUUUCAGACGCUGCAGUAGAUUGGGCGGGUAACGUGACCCAAAUAUGAUUAAAUUCGCGUCGUUCGGCGGGGCGUCGUAGCUCAAGAGGCUGAAGCGUUGGCUGUAAUAAAGCCUUCUCCCUACUGCGUGGGUUCGGAUCUCCCCGAGGCGCCGAGGUUUCACAGUGGGGUCAGUAUGAAUUAUUCAAAAUCUGCCAAAACAUCCAUGAGGUAAUUAUAUAAACUGAGGUCUAUGUAUGGGAGCAGACAGGAGGUCGCAGAGUAAUAGAGCCCCAAGGCUGAACAAAAUAUCCGCGAUUCCUUCGUUCCUUAGAGCGUGACAGUGGAAGCUGUUCGCAGAUAACUUUAUAUGUUUGCAAUCGCAAACGGCUGGACAUACAUCCGUGGUACUACAGUAGAUUCAAUGAACUAUUGCAUGCGCUCCCACAGCUGAGAUCAACCCAACCAGGGGUAAAAGUAUGGCCUUUUGCCUUUGACCUGCAGUGCUAUUCCAGUUGUCAGCCAUCGGAGAGGAAUAAGCGUUGGAAUGCUUCAAACUGCCAAGCAUGUACUUCCGCAGAACGGAAGCUCAUGAGCGUCCUCUCUGACUGCAUGAUCCAAACCACUACUUAUGACUUUCACAAAUGUGAGAUUCCUGAGCAUGGAGUGUGUGGACAACGGAUGACACAUCAUCAGCCGCAUAUUUUUGUACACCGGUAAAGCACAACUCUUAAAUCGCGACGACGGUCUGUAACUUCCGGCGCACCCAACGGUCAGUGAACGAUCUGAUGAAAUUCUACUCGAUGUCUUGAAACGCGCCUCCGACCAGGAAGUGUUACUUGAACGGGUUUGUAAUGUUAAUUACCAUGCAGCACAAUCUCAAAAUAUUUCACUCCAGUCGGGAUGUCGACUUUUACAUGCACUUCAUUUCGGCCGCCUGAGGCACAUCACUCCUUACAAAAUGGCCACGUACUUAGUAGGAAUCCAAAUGUAGAUAUAUUGUGCAAACAAAAUACCCAAAAUACUCUUUCUCGCACUUAUGUGAUAGGAAGUCAAGGUUUCUCCGAAUUCCAUGCCCAACGAAAGGGUGUCUGUCAGUUUUUUUUAAAAAAGCCUUUUUUACUUUCCGAAAAAUUGUAAACAUGGUCUACCAUCGCAUUUGCAUUUAAGAUUUAUAGCCUACUGCCUGCAUACUUUUCAUUUAAGAAAAAUAACAAAUUGUUUUAUGACAUCCCUGAGAUGCUAUAUGGCACUCAUGACAUAGUUUCUGGACAAUGCUGCAUACUCCGCACAGAACACUAAUCAAAGGACAGAUACGAUGCUCUUUAAAUGGGCAUUUCACGGUCUUAAUAAUCUCACAACCGUACUUUUUGCAGAUCCGUACGCUUUCCAUCAAGUUUCAUCAUGCUGGUUGUCAUCAGUUAGGGUAUUGACAAAGACUAUUUACCUUCUAACGUGAUGGGAUAUUUCCAGUUGUUUGUAGGUAUUUCGCGGUGCAUAAUGCCCUACUAUGCACCAUUUUCUGAGCAAAACUGCUUUAUUUAUCUUAACUUAAGAGUCCUACAUUAAAAUAUUCAAUUACAGUGCAAUUUUCUAUGCCGUUGAAUGAGAAAGUCAUUUUGUAAAGAACAAUGAGGCUUUGGCUCCAAUCCUCGAGAGAUACACUGAUUUCUAGAGGUACAAAGGACGGGCUAAGGGAACACUAAUUUACGAUUAAAAAAGAAACCUGAUCGAGAAGCUGCGCCCCCUGUUUACUUUUCCGAAGCUGCACUGAUCCAACUCUGGGCGCCUGCUGCAACGCUGGGCCUCUUGGCCAAUGUCGGCUGUACAAAUUGGCCUAUUAUUUUAUAAGGCUGACUCCAACAUGAGCUUGUUGAAGUCGCUUGAAACUCGCUUCAUCAUUCGCGGACGCCGCUCCGCGUCGUCGGUUGUAUCCUUGUCCGAGCGCCGAGUACGACCAGUCCCUUCUCUGCACAGAAUAAAACUCCCAACCGUCUGGUAUCCCACUUCUUCGCUUCCUGUUCGGAGCUGAGAUUGGUGGUCGUAGUGGUCGGGGUCACCCUACAGUUUUAGCCGUCGUGAUAAGCUUUCCAAACUGCACACGAAUGGCAGCACCUUAGUAAAUUCGUUUAUCUCUUAUGAGAGUAGCAUUCGCUUUUAAAAUGUAGACAGUUUUGGGGGUUUGAAAACUGUGCAAGUCUAAUAAAACAGCAUCGUGUUUGUCUGUCCGUUAGUUCUACUAAUAAAUAAUACAAAGUGGUCAAAUUUAUUUGCAGAAUUCAGGAGCAAUAUAUGAUACCGUGGUAAUGCUAUAGACAAAUUUAUCGUUUUUCGUAAAUCAUAACUGUCUACGUUGCACUUUGAAGGCCAUAAACGGAAGAGCAAUGGCAGUUAGCGUUCGGAAUUAUCCGCUAUUUCGGGAACCUUUUUAAAUUUUAUAUAUGUCGGUGUUUGGAAUACAUGGAAUGCUGGAAAAUCAUUCUCCUGAAUGCUUCCAAUAAACUGUCGACAAAUUUGUGACGGCAGAGAGGUUCUGUGAACAAAUUCCUAUAAAAUAAGUAGUCAUUUUUCUCGAGCAUGAUUUUUCAGACCGACGGCAAUCUGCCGACUCAAGGCUUAACAUCCUGCCGCGAUUUCAAUGGCUUGAGAUCUAUCCAUGUGAUAACCCAUAUCACGCCCCAUAAAUCCAACUUAAUUUUCGGAAUGUCAGUCAAAAUUUUAUGAGUAACGUCAACAGCUGCUGUUAUGCAUGUAUUUUUAAACGCUAAGAUGUUUUUUUGCAGCAAACGAGAUUGUGAUCAUAAGCUAGAAGGGUAAUACAAUAUACCUUAAUCGGAGAAAAUACAGUUCCUUGUAGCGAAUGGAAUAAUUGGCACAGAAAUCUCACGUUUAAAACGACAGUCAGCUAAUUUCAGAAUCUUUUUUCUAACUUGGAGUGAAUCUGUCGGAAUGAAACUUUUUGAACUAAGUCCGAAAUUCUGUAGGCAUAUUUCAGCUGCGGUCCACCAGUCACAGAGGGACAACCGUGUAAUAUUCGGGAACUAUCAACAGACAGCUAGUAGUAUAAUCAUGUUGCGGGAUUCACCGCACUAGGAGCACAGGCAUCAAUAGAAGCGAAGAGACGAUUCCCAGGAAACAGUCUUGAAGAAGACGAAGAAGAAGACACGAUCGCCGGGACAAGAGCUUUAUUAUCCUGACGUUUCAGAUUCCUGCUCGAUUCCAUCAUCAAGCAUCAUUCGAGCAGGAAUCCGAAACGUCAGGCUAAAUAAGCUCUUGUUCCGACGAUCGUGUCUUCUUCUUUUUCAAGACUUCUUCCUGGGAAUCGUCUCUUCGCUUCUAAUGGCAAUGUAUUUAGGCGCGAUGCGCUCCGAUCGACCCGGCGAUGGGAAACCUUCGCCUUUCAGGAGGCCUCUACGUACUCGCAGAUCAGGUUUCUGUACAGGUGUCUCGACAAUAAUGUGCUACCGAAAUGUGUUCCAUACAUGCCUCCGGUUAACACAGAUUUGGCGAGACGAGCAGUAUUUCAGCACGGGUGAAGGAUGAUCCAAAUGCUCCUCCAAGAUUGCCACGCGAGACUUCGUACGUACCGUCAAAGGAUUGACCAAUAAAAAACCAGAUGCUGUGAGUUCAUGGGUGAGAUCGGUACAAAUAUGCUCCUGCAGAGGAUAGCUGAACAAGCCCGCGAACAGAAAAUGAUACACGUUGCAGCACUGGAUAACAAAUUUGAAAGAUUUCUUGGCCUUGGAGAACUCAAGUGCAAUAACACCGACCGACAGACGUAUGACGAGACCCCAAUAUACGGCAUUGGCCCGAUUCUAUGGCCUCCCUAAGUUGCACAAAGACGGCGCUCCUCUCCGACCCAUCGUGUCGCUCAAAGGUACUCCAACGUACGGACUGGCUAAGUGGCUGUUCCGGCGUCUCAAGUUCCUGACCGCUGAGUCAGACACCACGGUCUCUUCGUCAGCAGAAUUCCUGGAGAAACUCAAAGGGGUAAGCAUCCAUCCAAAUGGUAUCUUUUGAUGUUACAUCCCUUUUUACUUCUAUUCCCCAGGACCUGGCUAUCGAGACAAUCGAGCUUCUUCUACAAAGCAAAUACGAUGAAACGGAGAAUCGUCUUGGACGCGCCCAAUUCUUCAGCUCCUGAAACUCUCAGGACGUACUUCACGUUCUACGGGACAAUCUACGAACAGGUGAAGGGCACACCAAUGGGUUCGCCGAUUUCGGGGUUCAUCGCCGAGGCGGUCCUUCAACGGUUAGAGUCGCUGGUCUUCCAACACCACAAACCGAAGUUCUGGGCCCGGUAUGUGGAUGAUACCUUUGUCGUUAUCGACCGGGAUCAACUGCUGAAAUUCAAGGAUCGUCCGAAUGUGGUCGUCCCGGACAUACAAAUCACGAUGGAGGAGGAAGAGAACAACCAGCUGGCCUUCCUGGAUGUCCUCGUAUGCCGCAAGGAUUGUGGUGGACUAAAGACCAAAGUGUUCAGGAAAGCGACAAAUACGAUGCAAGUACUGAACUUCAACAGCAACCACCCAAUCAUUCACAAACGCAGUUGUGUAAGGACACUCUAUCGGCGUGUUGAAACGCACUGCAGUGAGCCGGAAGACAAGAUUGCCGAAGUACAAUACCUCCGACGGGUAUUCAAAGCCAAUGGCUACCCGCGCAACUUCGUCGACCGGUGCGUACGCAAAAGGGACGAAUGGCCUAAACGCACGGACACCAAAUCUUAGCGGACACUUCCGUAUGUCAAGAACGUUUCGGAAGCUGUCGGCCGCCUUCUCGCACCACUUGGGUUUGGAGUUGCACACAGGCCGGAGGCAACCAUCGGGCGUCAAUUGAUGAAACCAAAAGACCCACUGCCACGGCAAGAAACGUCUGGAGUCGUUUAUCGGAUCUGGUGCAGUUGCGGACAAUGCACCUACGUCAGAGAACCCGGAAGACAGCUCCGAACGCGAAUGGCCGAACACGCUGCAGCAUUGCGGAGAAAUGACGCCAGCUCUCAAGUUGCGGCUCAUUCGACGGGUUCCGGCCACACAUUCCAAUUUGACGAGGCCGAAAUUCUCGCAAGAGGUAACAACCGCGUGAGCCGGGAGAUGCUUGAGUCAUGGUUUACUGGCCCCCAGUCUAUUAACAAGUGCAAUGAUCUUCCCGUCCAAUACACCGUGCUGAGACUUCGUCUAGGUGGAGCAAUUGGCCACGCGGGGAGCGCCCUGGUGAACACUCUUUCCAACACCCGGGUCAGCGCGUCAGAUGGUCGAGCAAUCAUCACACCAACAUCCAACGCACGUGAUGAAAUUGCAGCAAUUAACGAUGCGAUAAAUCGGCCAUCACGCCACGUGCAACGAUCCCUAAUGAAUUAGAGGGAGCCAUGAAUAUUCAUAGGUAUGCGGUAGCAUGGCUACUGCAUCCUAUAAAUACUGCAGCCGCAUGUGCAUGAACCCCCCUUAUCUGCUUUUGUUUCUGAUGAUGGAUUCGAGCAGGAAUCCGAAACGUCAGGCUAAUAAAGCUCUUGUCCCGACGAUCGUAUCUUCUUCUUCAGCACAGGUUCUCGCUAAAUUUGCAGCUGAGUAUUUCACCAAUAUUCUACCGCUACAUAACACAACUGUAUGCGGUCGGGGCAACAAAAGUUUAUAGGAUCCAUCAUUAACUUGAGCUAGCCUGCUGACGUGACGUACGUUAAAUAGUGGUAGAGGGGGUUUAAGGAGUGGGGUAGAAUAUCCGCGAAAAAGGAGACCGAACUUUGAGUCAGUGUCUGGGUUGUCAGUGCGGCAAAUCAAGCAAUAUGAGCACGAACAGAGGAGAACUGGAAAAGUAAUUAAUUGUACAAGUAGAAUAAGUUACAUCGGGGUGGCCUGUCUGGAUGGAGAAGUGACACUGUCGGGCCUGCUUAACAACCAGUGGGAAACGCAGAGCUGUGAGCAACUGCAGGAGAGGACUGUGGUAGGUGUCGUCAUAGAGAGCGAGGUGCGACGAGUUGGGGGUGGGAGUCAAUAGACGAGGGGAAAGGGCAUCGGCUAUUUUUACCGACAUGCACUUACACUAUUAUCCUUCCAGAUCCGCGCGGAAAGUGUCACUGAAUUCAAACAACCCUAUAUAAUGCGUAGGGCGUUGCAACUCUACACAAACUUCCGUCGCCUCACGCGCAUCGGAGUGUCUCAUGUUUUUCACCUGUGUUCCCCUGUGAUCAUACGCCCUCCCAUCACACUACGCCUCUGAAAAAAAACGAUCGCAUGCGUAACUUGUAAAAAAUAUCGGCAAAACACGUGUCUGCGUUUUUUGCUGGUUCCUGUGCUGUGAAAGUUGGUAUACCGUGCAGUCACUGAAUACACUACUGGCUGCCUGUUGGCAGUUUAUGAAUAUUAGGCGGUCAUCCCACUACAACUGGUAACCACUGACACAAAUAAUUAUAUUGUCUUUCAAAAUACCCCUAUAAAACCUUGUUCCGACUACUUCGAAGAUUACGUAUUUGACAGGGAUUCCAGAUUUGACGGCAAAAUACACAGUUCGUCAUCGAGGUCUGGAAAAUCUUAUGUCACAGAGCAAGAUAGCAUGAAAUGCGGUUUGUACCUAAGCAUCUAUACACAACAUUAACACAAGUUAGUUGUACUUAGUGUUCAGCCGGUUCCGAAGUGGACACAAUGUGGAUCGAAACGUCUCAAAAAGUUUAACCUCCCAUAGGCCUAAGCGUUUGAACCAUUUACAGAAGUUUUCAGGACAUAAAUAACACUCAUUUGCGGGAACUUGUGCAGUCACCCGACAGCAUCUUUGGCAUCCACAAACUAAAAGUAUUACCUCCAUAAUAAUCACCUGUGGAUGGCGGUAGGUUGAUCCGGAAAUGUAAAUUUGUUUAUUAUACGCUCCACAAAACUGUCAAUUGGACCGCUUAACUCGAUCAGUAAGCUUAUUUAGUGAUUACUUUUGAAAGAAACGAAGGUGGCUUUUCGAUUCUGUCCAAAUUUUUAUACUGUCAUCUGGGUUAUGUCUGCGAUCAGUCAUUUAAUUUGGCAGCAAUUCACGAAUAACUUACAAUAAAACCAAAAGAACAGAGUCCUGAAAAUUAUUAUUUUGAUUCGCAGGAUGAUUACAAAGUAAACUGCUGUCAGAAUCUACACAGGGAUAAUCAGGGAACUUCAAACCAUGCCGCUGCGCCUAUGCUUAAUUUUAUCAAGUUUGGUGAUCUAUCACAUGAUUUAAAAAUAUUCACAGCGAUCUGAGAAAGGAAAUUACUUGAACUCAAUUGCAUUCUUUUCAAAAGAGCGAAAAUCAGUAACAGUGGAUAAUGAACGAUGCUGUUGUCUUAUCAGUAUCGAAACGAGUUUUCAGUUUCUAGCUUCUCCUCUGUCAGCAGUAAAUGGGGCAUAUAGGGUCUAAUUUAUCCGCAAUGAACUGAUAGUUUGAUCAAAGAUCAGGGCUUCUCGCAUGACUAAGGACACCCCGGCACUGUUUUCGCAUCUACUGGAGGUUUUUUUAGGCAAAGGUCACAUUGACGAUUAAGCGAACAGACGAGUGCCAGAAAGCAGUUUAGAAGAAGAAGGGGCAAUCACGGGGACAAGAAAUAUUUUGGAAUGACGUUUCGGAUUCUCACUCGAAGUCAUCAUCAGAGACGGUUGCAAAUAAAGGUAGUGGAGGCACAACAGUUUGCAGUAUUUAUAAUUCUACGCUGCCGUGGGGCCGCAUGCGUACUAUACUUAAUAACUUUCGCGAUCACCACUGGGAGUCGCAACCGAUGCGUCCGAGUCGUUAAUUGUCGCAAUUUCAUCAUGCGUGUUGUAUGCUGGCCUGACGAUUGCACGGGCAAAUCGGCAAGAAUAUUGCUCGCCGCGCCCUACACACGUAACUGAUUCCUCAACCUAGGACAAUCUCAAACGGCAAGAAGAGGUCAUUACUAGUGGAUUGCGGGCCGGAGAACCAGAACUUGGGGAGAUCGCGGUUCACACGGCUGUCACAGCUUGCAAAGGUUGUGGCCUCUUGAAACUUGAAAAUACGGCCGAAUUCCCGUAAAUGAACUGAUACCUGAGAGCUGACGUCUUGGAAGAUGCCAGCCGACGUCGCACUUCCCUUAGAACGAACUGUCACCUGAGAGCUUGCGUUCUUCCUCCCCAACGCUGCUGCGGGCUCAGCCAUCCGCGUCCAGAGUAAUUUUACAAUUUUUCUGACGUAGUUGCUUUGUCCGAAAAUGCACCAGUCCCGGUUCACGACUCCAGGCGUUUCCAGCCGUGUCAGCAGGUUGUUCGUCCUCAUGUUUGGCGCUUUCUAGUCGCUUCCGGCCUGAGUGCAGCCCCAACUCCAAAGGAGGUUGGUGCCGGUGCUUGAAAUGCUGACGACUGACGGAAUCGCUUGUUCCUCAUAGGAGCAUUCAGACGUGACUAGAGGACAGAAUUUCCGGCUGAGAUUACAAUAAUGCCUUUGUGGCAUUCACAGAGGUGAGAUCGGGAUCGCCCCCCCGGGAGAAACCUUGCGGACUUAGUGGCGAUUAGGGGGUAUAUGGCACGCGAAAACGGAUUGCUGACUUUUUUUAACCAUUGCGCCCUGAUCCAUCUCCGGCUGCCUUGACACUUCCUUGUCAUCAGUGCCAGGUGGGUGAGGGCAAGAGUGAGGGAAAAAGGGGUGUGGCAAAUGCAGCGCGUACAUGCCUCACUGCGAGCCAAAUAACCUGUGAGUCGCUGGUGCCCCCCUCACUUCCUGGAACUGUCCUUAUGUCCCUGCAUCAGGGGGUGUGUAAGUGAGAUUAGAUCCUCAAAUUAGCCCAGAUGGUCAUAAAACGAGGCGGUCAUCUGUGGUCAUGGCGGAGCCGGGUUUAAUGUUCGGAUGAAGGCUCCAAAGCAUCUAAGUGGGUAUAAGUCCGCCACGAUUAUUUCGGUUUGGUAUUUCAUCGUACGAGGUUGGAUCGUUUGUCUGCUGCAUUAUCUACAGUGACCUUAGCUCAGAGACCUGAUGAGCGAUCGCUGUAGACACUUGAUGUUGAUUUUUUAAUUGUCCUGCUUAAUUUCCGCUGCUAGAUGUCAAUGUAUUAAAACCUUUACGCCCAAAAAUACAAAUUUACUAAUUGUCUAUACUUACAGUAGGGGGGCUAACUCACGAAAUAUCAACCGAAAUUCCAAAAUGCAUAUUCUCUUUGAAAAGAUUAUUUAAUUAGUGUUGUAAAUUAGGUCAUCAUGAAGCGUCAUUCUAAAAUAAUUCGGUUACCUGAGGGUGCCGGCUAUCAAACGAACGUUUUCCGGAAGCACUAAAAAACUACGCUCUGUAAAAAACGACUACUUAAGUAGCAUGCAUUUCCUCCUUGAUAAUCAAUGUCCUUAAAAAUUCGAUUAUGUUUCGUGGAAAAAUGCCAAAUGUCCGAUAGGAAUAUACGCCUUCUUCCAAGUUAAUACUCGAGCGAAGGGUAUGAUUAGGUGUUAAACAUUUUGUUUUUGUGAGAUUUGUUUAAUGCCGUUAAAUGGUCUUUCAUAAAACGUCAUGCGUCUGCAUUUGCGAAUGUGACUUGUAGAAUUAGCAUUAUGGCUCAAAUAAGAUGCUACAUUUUAUUAACCCCUAUAUGGUCUUCUCUUAAUACCGUAAAGAAAUAUAUGGUUUUUCGUACACAGAAAUUACGCGGCCUGUAAUUUGCAAAUCCUGUAUACAAGUGUAACGGCAGAUUGGAUUCAAAAUUGUUCUGUAAUUGGAAAAGUUUUUAAAAACCCAAGCAUAUCCAUCCUUCGAGUAUAAAGUUGAAAGUAGACGUAUUUUCCUACCGAAUAAGCAAAAGAAUGAAUAUUUUUAUUAUUAUAAUAUAACUUUUAAGGGCAUCGAAAUCCAAUGAGAAAAAUGUAUGCCACAUUAGUAUUUAUUUUUACAGAGUAUAUUUUUGCAUGUUGCCGAAAUAGUUCGUUCAAAAGCCCGCAUCCUAUGGUAAUUGAAUUAUUAUACAACAAGGCUGCAUGAUGAUUAGUUUUACAACCCUACCUAAUUAAUCUUUUCGAAACGAAAACGCAUUUCGGAAUUUUGGUUGGCAUUUCAUGAGUUCGCCCACCUACUGUAUUUUGCCAUUCCUCUAUAUAUUACCAGGCCCUACGCGUAAAACACCUAUGACCACCUUUUCCCAUAAGACUGGUUGUGUGUGUGUGUGUUUGGGGGCCUUCACCCGAUCGUUGCUGAGCCGGGUUCAGUAAAGAGAGGGCAAACGCAUUUGGGCCUAUCACAAUAGGCUAAGAGUUGUGGUUUGAAAGGCUGACGAUUGACGGAAUAAUUAGAUCCCCAUUGGAGUACUUAAGAGUGACAAGAGGACUGAAUCUAAGGCCGAGGUGACACCCCUCAGUAGUGCCAUUGUGGCAUGCGCACAGAUGAGAUGAGUCGUCGGCAGAGAAGCCGUGUAUAUGUAGGGGAGUCUAAGUCGCGUGUGGCACUCAAACAUCGACUGUCAAUCUUUGUAAGCCACUGAGCCCGAGUCCACCUCCCGCCCUCGUAAUAUCGUCUCGUCGAUCAGAUCUGGUCAUGUAGCCGCAUGCGAGGCAAACAGGCCUUUGCCCCGGUGGUAAUGCGGGUUUUACAGGAGACGAUGUCAAGUUGUUGUGUGCAAAAGAAAGGGUAUUGGAAAUGCGUGGUUGUACUUUGAGUAGUUGAGAAGUAGUUGCCCUGACCGCUAACUCUAACCUCAUCCUUUAACUCAAAACAUAAGCUCUAACUCCUGACCCUAAUCCUCAGACAUCCAACUCGAAAGUUAGAAGGGGACGACGUGCCGAAAGUCCAGAAGGAUCACCGGCAUUGAGCCGAAAAACGUAGACACGCCAACUGAACACACACCGCAACGCACAGCAACACCAUGCCAUCGUAAUCACACCAACCAAAAAUAAUUGAGUAGGUGAACAGGAUUGUGUCCAUCAGAUGCGGAUACAUAACCACAUUGUAGCCAGGUGAGUGAAAUAGAGUGUGGCAAAUUUGGUGCACACAUGCCUAACUGUGAGCCAAUUUACUGGUGAGACACUGGUACCCCAUCCACGUUGUGGGGCACGAAAGUCGAACUGCCAUUAUGUCACUGCAUCAGGGGGUGAUGCACGCUUGUGUGUGUGAGUUUAGAACCGUCACUUAGCCUAAGUAGUCACGAAACGAAGCGGCCACGUAUGAGCAUACUGUAGCCGCGUUCAGUGGAGAAAAAAACGAACCUUUGCGUUUAGCCAAACAACUGCCGACUGUCAUAGCGCUGGCAGCAGGAUACUGCAUACGACGAGACCCAAGAGCUUAGACUACUCUGCCAGUGGCCGUAAAGUUCAGCACCACUGCCGUGUGACAAAGGAUGUGGCCGCUUGGUCACGUCGCCUGGUCAAAACAAAUUGCUGACAAACCCGGACUUUAUCGACGCACAAUCUUCAGACGUGGAUGAACUCAACCGCCACAAAAUUCCCCUUCGACUUCGCCCUGCUGUUUUUUCUGUGCCACUUAUCGUGCCCAUAGUUGUCGACACCCUGAGGUCAAUCGAGAUGGAUGUUACGGGCAAACGUCGGCCAUACAAGUUCACGUCAAACCUCGGUCAAACUGUGCAGAUCAGACCUCCAGAUGUGUUGUCAUCUGAACGUCUCACUUUUUUUCCGAGACAUUCUUCCGCCUAUUACCGACGAAAUCAUCAUUCGUGAGUUAACUGCGUACAUACAAUGUGCUAUUCUAGAUACAACGAUGAACUUUAACACUUUUGACAUUGCUUUCUAUUCCAAUUUUUGUGUCUGGAUGAUAGUGAGGCUAGUUCACUGACGCAUUCGUUCGAUUUAACACUCACAGGGAUGCCUUGUGCCCGAAACAUUCUUCCGUUUCAUACCAACGUGCCAACUCACCGGCACAGGUUGACGAGACCACGCCAGCACACCCACGGUUGAUGCCUCAACUGCACCUCUGUAAGGGUUCGCAGCAUCUCCAUCCUACGCGGUCCCAGCUACUCCUGUCAUCAUCGACACACGCUCUCAAAGCCGCAUGUGCAGUGGAUUAUUUCACACACAUAUUAUCGUCUGCCUCACGAUCGACACCAUCACUUCGUUUUGUGUCUGGCGGGGAGCUGUGGCGACCAGCCAUCAUGACCGGUCUGGCGUCAUUGGUUAAGACCUCGCUGCCUCAAGGUCAUUCGCCCUUUUACAGUGAGCCGUUCCAGACGCGCUGACCUAAAGUCACACGACCGACGGCUCCGGCACACCUGCGGCCGCACAGCCGCAGCUGCCCAUGUGGCCACUUGAACGCACCCCACCCCCCCCACAACCAGCAAAACAAGCCACAGGAACACAACCCCCCGGCAAAUGCGACACGCACUGAGUGGGCACCCCUUGAGCUAGGCCCACGAGCCUACAAAAGCGGCUGCCACCACUAUCUCUGGGACUCUCAGGCAUGACUAGACGCAGUCAACACCAGUCCUGGCUUCGCCAGUGGCCCCUAACGCCGGAGGGGACAACUCUGGGUUCUGUAUACAAUAAACCCCUCAUUCUGGUGCCUUCUGUCUCCCCCUCCUUCCAAUAGUAUGAUUAGCCCUGAUUAUGAUGGUGCUCGGAGCACUUUCUCUCGCCGCAUGGUCAGAUCAGAGUAAACUACACGUGACGGUGGAUAGCGGUAGUUGGAUGUUGGGGCACGCUUGCACUGCAAACCUCGACUGACUCCGGAUCAUUGUCCCUACCCGACAGUGCGUGCAGUCAGCGACCGAUCUCAGAAAAUGGUAACAGGCAUUCUGAAAUGCGUUUUCGUUUAGGAAGUAUUACUAAAAUAGGGGUUGUAAUAGUGACUGUCUUAUGACAUAAUCCCCGUAAUAUUUCGGGCACGCUAGGAUUUUAGCAUUUGAGUGCAGUUCUUUUCGGCGGCAGACAAAAAACUACAUAAAAAACAGCUACUUAGAUAGCAUGCAUUUCCCUAUCGACUUUAAAUAACCUUAAAAUUUCAAAAAUAUUUGCAGAAAACAUGCAUAAAGAUAUUAUUUCUUGUAUUCAUUCGGUAGGAAAUCAAACCUUUUUCAAAUUUUAUGCUCGAAGAAGUGUAUCUUUUGGUCUUCAAAAGUUCAAAUCAUAUCAUUUUUAAGACUGCGCAACUACCUUUUGAUUGCCGUCGUGCAAGUAUAUUUAAUAAUGCUCUUUAUUAAGUAAAUAACACAGUCCACAUUCGUUUCAGCACUUAAGGUACCCUGUAUAAUAUGUUCUCACUAGAAACAUGAAAUGUAUGUUUUUUCCCUAUAUAAAAAGUACACCGUUUGGAGACUGAAAACCUGAAACAUCAAUGGAACAGGACGUUGAUUGCAAAAUAAGUCACAUAUCAAAAACUUUUUAAAGCCACAAAUAACAUGUUUCCGGGCAAAAAGUUUGCAAAAACAUGGUUUGCUACCAAGUAAGUCCAGGGAAUGCUUUUUAUGGAGAUAUUUUGCAAAAUACACUUGAAACUAAAAAGGCCCCCCGAUUCAUUGAGAAAAUGCGUGCUACGCAAGCAGUCGCUUUUUAAGUGCGUGUGCUUUUUGCAGGUGACCACGGAGAAAUGCUUUCAAAAGCCAACUCACCGGCCUGUUGGGAUUAUUAAGCAAAUGCGACGCAAGAAAACCCUUAAGCAAUCCUUCCACACCAAAAACGCACUUCGGAAUUUCGGUCAGUAUUUUAUGAGAUCUGUCAGGGAAUGCAGACGAGAAUGCGGUUUUUUGGGGAAUAUUUGCUUCUUUAUUUCCGGGUAACUCUCUCCACAGUGUUGAUCUGUGCCGUCUCCCUAUCAGCUCUGCACGAUAACACCAAAUGACUUUAUAUUGGCUUGAAAUUGGGUCGGAUCGGUCAAUGUCACGUUAAGGCAUGAGCCAAAAAACGUAGGCCCUCGAUUCCAUGGUCCCAUGUUAGACGCCAUGACUGUUUGAACCUGGUUUCACGUCUCAUGUGUUCCAAGCCCAUGCUGGUGGUAUUCCUUAAUAUCAUAAGCAGGUUUUCCUAUCGCCCUCAGCGCUGUAGUUAGUAUUUAAUACAGAGAUGAUUAUAGCACGACUGCAGUUAAGAUCUGCCAACUAAUGGGCAAUGCAGCGAGUCGGGAGCUGUUGAAAACCCCAAAAGUGAACGUGCCUAGAUAGGAAAUCCUGGCGUCUCUCCUGGUUUUGUAGUUCGUAUGCUGUGGGGUGGGAUGCUAUUAACAACGACGAACGCCGUAAUGCCUCACUCUGGCUAAGAGUUCAACGAAGUCAACCACACAACCCACUCGUGAAACAAUUCGUCUUGAGGCAGACCUCGCAGCAUGCGUCAUGCCCACCCUUCCUUCAGCCGUCUCGUCCCGAUGAAAAGACAGCGUUAAGACGAGCGGACACAGGGACUAACAACUCUGACUAACACCUCUGCUUAUUCCACACACACAACCUGAUCUCCAGUGCACGUUCCUAACUUUCAUGAGGACGGUUCGGUGAUAGUAUGCUCGAAAGCAUCAUAAAGGUCACAUCAAGGAGGAGCUGCUGCGACCUGUCUGUCAGUUGUACGAAGGUCGAGUUGGCAACCCUAAAGGCCAUGACUCCCAGCCCGUGGGAACGAAGUCAGGUGAGGACUGCGCCGAUGGGCUUUGAAGACGCCGUCUCCCGUGUUGAUCUCUUUCACUCUUCCCAUUUUUAUGCUCCAGUGGAGUACCCGAGCUUGUCAGACAGCUGGUCUUGGCUUUGGGCUCAGCGGCUGACGCAGUGCGGUAACAUAAGUUUAUGCGUGUCACUUAACCCUCAGCCCUCAAUGGGGGUUUCUUUGCAACCUAGCGAUGGGUGUUGCGGACCAAUUCGACUCGUAAUUAGAACAGCACACCCACAGCAGAGCCCGUAGUGGGGACCUUUGGAUCACAUGCCUCACGUCGGGCGUGUCAAAAGUUAGGUUUUCCAAGCCGAUCCCCACGACUAAUCUUGAUGGCUGCGGUCCAGGUUCCUUACUAGCGACAGAUCCAUAAGGGGGUACACCGUCUGCGGACAUCCUACGUAAGACCCCAACGGCGGACACUGCAGUUGGUCUGCGGCCCAGUCCGCGUUUAACAUUUUUUCUCUGCGUGCUGUGGUCGACCUUUCGAAAAAAACAUCUACAUGGCGAUCGGCUUUAAAACAGUUUCUCAGAUGGCCAGUCACUCCAUUGACAUUUCUCCGCAUCUUUAAAGGAGUUAUGGUAAAUGUCAGCUCGGUUUUCGAGCUGGAGAGUAAAAUUGUACAUGAAUAGACAAACAGACGAAGAACGAAUCGCAACGAGAGUUUCUAUAAUUCUGUUUGAGGAAAAACGCAGACGAAAUAUGAAUGGGACACUUUCCCGCAACUGGAGGACAUGCGCCGGCCUGACGUAGGUCUUUGGGGCCACGACAACGGCAUAAAAUGAUUCUGCCUCCACGGAAGCCAUUUGCGUACCCCCACAGUCGUCACUUUGCCGCCCUUGUCGCUUGGUGGUCUCUCACUGUCGACAGGUUUUUUUUCCCCCACGGUAGACAACCCAGACAUUUUCGUUGGUGUCCCGCUGGGCGUCAGUAUCAGUCUGAGACCUAGUGGUGGGAAUGCCCGUUGUGGUCAUGUACACUUCCCUGGAUGAUUUAUGAUCUCCCACUACUUUUCUAGGAAUAAAAACCAUUCAAUCAGUAAAGCCUGCCUGAAAACAGCAAUAAAAGAACCUACUGAGACCGUGCGCAGAAAUUCAUAGAGACGAAUCUGAAGCCUAAAGAGUCUGAAAUAGGGCUGAUUCUCAGUUUGUUGGCCGCAUGUUGAUAAAUGAACAGUUAAGGAACAAUGGCAUGGAAUGUUAACUGAAAUUCUAAAAUGUGUUUUCCCUUAGGAAGGAAUGCUUAAGUGGCCCCUAAACAGGAUAUGAGGACAGGAACCACAUGCAAUACGGAUGGGUUUGGGCCAACUUCCAGCAAAAUUAAAGCUAGGUUUAGGGUUGAGGUUAACGUUUGACUAGUGAAUAGGCUUAGAGGCAGAUUUAGAGUUGGCCGUAAGGCAAGUUGGGAUCACUUUUAGAGUUUAGGUAGUGGUAAGUGUUAACGGCAGAGUUACGGUUUAGGGUAGAAUUAGGGUCAAGAUUUGGACAACAGUUAAGUUUUGUACUAGAGUUAUUGCAGGGGUUAGAACACGGGAAUAUUUUUCCUUUCAGGAAUUAACGCGCAGGUCCACCUUUAUUUUUUGGAGAGGGGGUUCGUAUUCACAUGUGUCACCGGAUAAAUUUUACUUUCCAAAGAAAUUAAAAAUUAACUAAGAAAGUACAUACUCAGAAGACGAAGAUGCGAUAACUGGAACAAGAAAGUUAUUGUCCUGACGUUUCCGAUUGUCACUAGAAUCCAUCAUCAGAGACAUUCGCAGAUAAGCGUAAUGGUGACACAAGGAGUACAGUAUUUAUAGCACGUGGCUGCCUUGGAAUGCGCGAACAUAUAGCAACACACGAAGCAGUCCUAGAGAGCAAAGUUCGUAAGCUGCUUACUCCAAUGUCAUCAAAGGACGACAAACUAGUGCACAACUUGUUGUCAAAGCAGCUGACGGAGAAACAAAUGCAGGUUUUACGGCUUGAGGCCUCAUUCAACACAGCCGAUGCCAAACCUGUGAACAUGAUCGCAGCAGUGGAACCAAUCCUCAGCCAGACAGGAGCGACAGACGAAACGAAGAACCUCAUUCGACGCCGAGUGUCCUCCCUCCUCAUGGCUCAUAGGCCGCGCAACGUGAUUCCAAGGUCGAGCGCGAGGUACUUAGGGAACUCAGGGUCGACAACGACCUCGUUAUCGUGCUUACGGACAGGGGGCGUUCAACGGUCGUAUUAAACUGGGCAGACUACAAUCAAAAAGCCAAAAGCUUGUUGGAGGAUCGUCAGUCCGAUGUCCCCUGCGAAUCCAACCUCAUAAAAACGCUGAUACGCGAGAUUAACGCGACGCUGUUGGCAAUGGAGAACUCAGGUGCAAUAUCGCCAAUCGACCGACGCAUGGCGAGAGCACAAGAAAUGGCCCUAGCCUGAUUUUACGGUCUCCCAAAAGUACACAAAGAGGACGAUCCUCUCCGACCUAUCGUAUCAACCUACGGACUGGACUGGCAAAGUGGCUGCCCCGACGUGUCACGUUUCUGACCUGCGAUUCGACCACCACAGUCAGCUCGUCAACGCAAUUCUUGGAGAAACUUAAAGGAGUAAGUCUCCUGCCAAGCGAUGCCAUGGUUUCCUUUGGUGCCACGUCCCUUUUUACUUCUAUCUCACAGGACCUGGCAGUCGAGACCAUCGAACUAAUCCUACGAGAGAAAAACGACGAAACGGAGAAUAGCCUCGGACACGCCCAAAUCAUCCAGCUUCUGAAGUUCUGUCUCAAGACGUACCUUACGUUCGACGGAACAAUCUACGAGUAA